CUAGCCUUACCAUGGGGAACGGAACAUGUGCAUGGUGUGCUGGUAGAGUAUGAGCAUCGACAUAGAUUCUGCGGCUUGACACUGUAUCUGCUAAUACCGGUCGCUCGCCAUGACGGAUCGCUCGGAGGGUGUGCAUUCGAAAACAUUCGAAACCUUGCAACUUGGAUCCGAGGAGUUUCGCAACCUUCCAGGUCCGGAAGUGCUUUCUGCGUGGGCUCGGCUGGUGGACGAGUCCAUGAGUUCCGAGGCGCGAUCAUAUCACACGACGUCGCAUGUUUUGGAUGUGCUGGCAGCCCUUCCAAAGCACAAUAACGAUCCCAUUCUCCUACUCGCGGCACUAUUUCACGACGUCGUCUAUCUGACGGUGGAUCGACAUUUGUCGACUGAUCAACAGGCGCUAGUGGGCACAAUAAUCAGAGAUCCAUCUGGUGAGAAGGAGAAUUUGGAAUUUGUGGAACAUCGGGAGGAUGGCUUAUUGCUACUUGUUCGUGAUAUCUUUGAAGUCGGCAAUACGAAUGAUUCUGUGGGCCUCAACGAAUACUUGUCGGCCGUAGUUGCGGUGCAAAUGCUAGGAGAAUACGUCACCAGCGCCGAGAUUUUUCAAAUCGGUGCCUGCAUCGAAGCAAGCAUUCCGGUUCGGCCCAAUACGUGUAAUGGGUAUGUUGUACGUUCGCCGAUGCAAGUCUUACACGAUAGACUAUUGCUCGUCAAUCGAAAAUGGGGUCUGGGCUUUUCCUCCCACGAAUUGACCAAGACGACGCAACGAGCUGUAAAGUUUGCUCUUGCCGACUUGAGCUCCUUCCACUAGAACCUUUCUGUGUUUCUAGACAAUUCCUGGAAAUUGCUAUCGGAAUGAAACGUACCACUCCGGAACGAGUUGGUGACCUUGCCGCAUCUGCGGGAUGCACUCGUAAUCCCGCAAUCACGCUAUGCAGCUCUCCGGUUAGAUCGAU